AAAGAAGCAAAAUACGUAAAAAUAAAUACAAAUGUAUUUUAAGCUUUCUCUUCUCUCCAAAUUAUUUAAACUUAAGGCAAUAAUUAAAUAACACAUUCAAGCAAUAACAUGGUGUGACUCAUAAUGCGAUUUAGACAGAAUUAUAUCUACAGGAUUGCCCAGAACACGAUUGGUAAAAAAGAUUAACAGGUGGAUUAUCUUGUUAUGUGCCUACUAUAUCUGGCCUUAAGCCUAGUAAAAAACGAUGAAGCAAACAACCUAUCGCCAGAUUUUACUUUUUAACUAACUCCUACGUCAUUUAAAAACUCCAACAACAUCAAAUAUGGGUGCACAACACAGCACCGUUGGGAGGACAAAAUCAUUGGACUACCACUUUAAUAAUGGUUCUGAACAAACUCUGGAAAGGGGUUCCGAUGAUUCUUUUAAUCCGCUGGACCAGAGGAGUAAAAGUACUCUUGUCAUUGUACACCAGCCAUCGACGUCAGACCCUGUCCAUGGCCCUGGACGUGUUGAAGAUGAUCCUCUGUUCAAAAAGUUGGACGAUUUGCCAAUGUUCGUUCCUCUGAUGCACGAAGUUGAAACUGGGUCCAAACUACUGUUCGGAGGAUCAAGAAAUCGAGCUUUGCAAGAAAUCCGCUCCAAACUUCAUCCUACACCCUUCAUAACAAUUGUUCGAUUGUAUGAGGAUAGACUAAAGAGACACGCUGAUUGCAUUAACGUUGAACAAGGGAGGUUAUCAAAAUGCAUCCGGGAAAUAGACAUAGACGUGGCCCACUUUUUUAAGACAUUGAUAGAGAGGCAGAAAAAAUUUGCAAAACAUGCAGAAAAUAUGGGGAAGAUGAAUGAUCUAACACACACGCUAACCAAGUGUCAAAGUAUGUUAAAAGAGUGUGAACGGAAUUUGCAAAUUCUGAAUGGAUUUUUGCCACAAGAAGACAGACUUGAACCUUUUUCAUGGCCAGAACUAGUUGAGAAUGUUGAGACCGAUCAAAAAAGCGAUGCUGGUAGUGGUGUCCAGGAUGAUAAGUGCAGUCCGGCGGCUGUCAAGUUAGUGCCAACAACAGAUUACAAAGCGAACUCAGAUGACGAGUCUAUUGAGAUAGCAAUGGAACAAGGAGAAAGCUAACUGUUGCUAUUAAUCUCUUUCAUCAUGCAACCUGUUUCUUGACGUGAAAUAAUGACAGACAAGGCUGUGAUUUAACAAUAUCAUGAAUGUUUCCUGCAUUACUACUAUCAAAUCAAAUAUUAACUUAAAAUAUUACCUUAAUUGUUAAUUGUCAUUUAUACACUUUACUUGACUACUUGACUAGCUCAAAAUAAUAAUACUGUCGUUUUAUUUAU